AUGGAGUUGGUCUACCCAGUAGUCUCCUGUUUACACAUCUGCCAUGCCAGCCUGGGCACUAUCACAUUUUUAAACCCCCCUGAAUCUCCAACAUCAGUCUACCCAUUACUGGUUCGGUAUUCCUGCACUGAAUCCUCAGUGAUCCACCUUCAGGUUUUGGUCUCUUUUGAAACUGAAUCCACGUCAGUGAUCUUUCAGAGACAAUGGUUGUGCUCACCUGGUUCGUACAGGACCCGGCUCGUGGAGAUGAAGCUUCCUGACUGGUUGGUUUACCAGCCUGACUGGAUAAUACCAAUGUCUGACUGGGUGCUUAGCUGCCUUUUACGUGCCUGGAUGAGCAAAAGUGUGGAUGUAUCAUCUGAACCAACCAGGGAGUCUCUGGCCAGUACUGUGUCAGUCCUGACUGUCCUCAGUCCUCUAAGUCGACCUUUUAAAGAGCAUUUGUUGUGUCCUAGUUGGGAAACAGAGACACUUUGGAAAGUUUACAGAAGGAGGUCUCAGUGCCCAGUGGAAAACGAAGUUACAAGUCUGCUGUCCUCACUGUAUGGGUCAACUGGUGAGAAAUUUGGCAUCAUUAAAACUCUCCAGCCUUUCACUAACAGAGUUCUGGAAGGUCUGAGGCUCAAAGCCAUCACAUAUCCAUGGUGUACGUUCUCUCUCUGGCUUUUACUGGAUCAACCAUGCCAACAACGAAUGUGUGGACUUUUACACCAUAUUGAUGCGAAGGAGGACUAUGCUAGCCCUUCUUUGUUCCUCAAAAGCACAGGUCAUCUUCAUGUGCAAUUUAAAGGAGAGGACGGUGAAGCCUCCGCAUUUCUGUCUUCAUUUACACUUCCUUUGGGCCUCUGGUGUUAUAUCAGUUUGGAGCUGGGAGGCAGAAUGGCGAAGAUCACAGCUGUAUGCAUUGAUGAACAUCAACAACCAGCUGUUUACUCUACAGAAUACAAGUUUAGCAGCUCCCCGAGGUUGGAUGAUACAAAUGGAUAUUUUGUGAUUGGUGGGGGUAAAUUCAUACGGGGAAUUCAAGGAUUUUAUGGUCCAGUUACAUAUUACCGAACAAGGAUCCCUUUUCUUAAUAUGUUGGAAUUCCAACUUCCUAAACUUGUACGGAUGGUAAAUGUAUCUGGAUGGUUGAAGUCUUGUCAACAGUUUAAAUCAGAACUUGAUCACAAGUUAUCAGAGUAUUUACUUGAAAGCCUUUUAAAUGAGAGAUGUAUGGAUGUGUACACAGAACUGACAUUGAAAGCCAAUCCAGCAUUCUCAAGGACACAGUGCAGUGAUUUGAAACCAUUCCACAGCCCACAUAGACGUCUGGUAGCUCAGCUGGUCAAGAUCACAAACAAAUACGGUUCUGUGGAUCCAGCAGCUCUCGGCCAAACCCUGUAUAAUGUGGUGCUGCAUAAGAUUGCUAUGGAUGGCAGUGUGAGGAGGAUAAGCCGACUCAUGCCCUCUCUACUACAAGCAGGCUGCUUAGGAGAUAAUCGAGCUCUUCAUCUCUCCUCUGUCCUCUUCAGCAGUGGUUUUGGAGUUAAGAAGCAGCCCCACAAGGCAUGGUUGCUGGCAUUAUUGGCUGCUCAGAAAGACUGGAGGUUGGCACUGCUCCGGCUAGGUCACCUGCACCGCGUGGGUGAUCAAGGUGUGCCAGCAGAUACUGAUCUUUCCUAUGCCUACUACUCCAACAUUGCCAGACAAACCAUAUCUGACCAGGUUCAGCCCUCAUCACAACAGACAUUUGUGGAAUCAAUCUUACUGCAUGAUGAGGAAACACUAAAAGCACAAACCAGUCAGAACCACGAUAUCUUUCAGUGGCUUAAACUGCAGGCACGCAGUGGUAUAGCAGAUGCCGAGCGGGCUGUAGCUCGGAUGCUGUUCUGGGGACAGCAGGGAGUGACUCCAGAUAUCCAGACUGCUGUCAGGCACUAUGAGAGAGGAGCUACCAGACUGCAGGACCCUGUGUCCAUGUACGACUAUGCCAUUGUGCUACUUAGGGGCCACGGAGUUCCACAGGACGUGCCAAGAGCUGUCAGUUUUCUGAAAAAAGCAAUGGACCAGGGUUUCGCUCCAGCCAUCACUGCUUUGGGCUGGUACUACGAGCAGUUCGAGAAAAACUAUGAGCGAGCAGUGGAGCUCUGGGAGCAGGCCGAUUUGCUCGGGAAUCCAGAUGCUGCCAUGAAUUUGGGAGUCUUUUAUCUACAAGGCCUCUAUCCUGGAGAACCAGCAGACAAAGUUAAGGCAUAUAAGUACUUCUUAAAGUCAGCUCAGAGAGGCCACAUUAAUGGAGGUAUUGAGCUGGCUGAUAUUUGGAGUCGAGGGAUUCCUGGCUUUGUGGCACGACAUCCAUCAGACGCCGUUCUGUGGGUGAAGUGGGCUUCUGAGCAGAAUGGAUAUCUUGGUACAGCAUUAAGAAAAGGCCUGAAUGCUUAUCUUAAAGGGGACUGGUUCAUGGCGUUGAUUAACUAUCUAAUAUGUGCUGAAUGUGGAUUUAAAGCAGCUCAGUUCAACGUAGCAUACUUGUGUGAACACAAUCCUGAUGGAUCCUUCAAUGCAGCAUUUGUGACUAAGUGUAUGUUGCGUUACUACAACCUCUCUAUCCAGAGCCAAGAUCCAGCCCCUUAUGCUUUGGUGAAAAUGGGAGACCUUUUCUAUGAGGAGUGUGUUAAAGGCAAAAGGCCCAUUGCAGAUGCAGCUGAGAUGUACAAACAAGCAGCACUCAAAAACGACCCACAGGGUUGGUACAGUUUGGGGCUUCUUGUUCAGGAAGGGUGGACAUUACCAGCCACUCUUCUGGAUCAGCUAAAUCUGCUGCAACAUUUUUUCUCAGACAAACAUACUCUUCUUACCAGCUUGUACCACAGAUGUCGAGAAUCCAACAAUGAUGAUGCAUAUCUUCCUUGUACUCUUGCUCUGCUUGCCACACACUUCCAGAUGUUUGGUCAUACCAUUGUAAAGGUGCUGAGUACUUUGGCCAUUGCUGUUGCUUCUCUCUACUUUUUAAAAUAUGCACCUGUAAUUCUUCACCGGUUGCCAGCAUCAAACCAGCAAGUAUCAACCCCUUCUGCUAGCGACCAGCCACCAGAACAAGCAGAGACUGCGGGUGUCUAAGAGAUUUUGUACUUGUAUUCUCAGUGUUAUAAGAACAGACUCUAUAAGAAACCAAAUAAGGACAUUGAGAAAGAAUAAUUUUCACAUUUCAUGAUUGAUUUGCAGUAGGGGCAGAUUUUUUUGCAAGUAUUAUAGCUAGACAGUUUGUUACCUUGUAAAGAUUUUCAUGUUUCAUUAAGAACAUAGGGGUAACAUUUGGGCUGCUCAGACAGUUUCAGCCUUCUUGAACCCAUCUCUCUCUCUUUUUUUUUAUUUUAAAGAAAUGUAUUUCACAUGAAACCCACAAUUUCUCAUGGUGAUGUGAUGAUCCUUACUCCACUCCUAAAAAAGACAUUUGACAUAAUAAGUCCCAGUGUAUUGUUCAAGUAUUGUUCAUUGUUCAUA